AUGCCUCCGCCCCCCUCCGGCCUCCCCGAGAGCUCCGCCCGCCUGACGAAACGACCCGUAAGCAGUUCCAACCGCCGAGACAGACGACGGUGGGCGGGGGGGGUGACGGAGGGCACGCGCUGCGUCCGCUCGCCUUGCCCUCAGCACUCAACCAACCGCCCUUCUCCGCGCGCCGCCGCCGCCGCGCAGCCUCUUCCGCCCGCACGAGCCCCGCUGCCCCUACUACGGCUUGCUACCCGGAACCGUAGCGCCGUAGUCUCGCAGGCCCCCAAGAGCGCAGCCAAUCCGCUUUCCCUGAUCAGCGCGAGAGCACGCCGGCUGCCUCUCCGUGGCUCCCCGAGGUCCUAGCGCUAGACGUCGAGUAGUUUUUAUUUUGGGGUGGUUUCCUCCCCCCCUCGCUCUUGCUGUUCGUGGUUAAUACGCGUCUUUCUCUCGUACACGCGCGCAGGUGAUGCGUUGUGUGUUUUAGGCUCCUGAGAGCACGAAACAAGAGAGGGUAGUAGUAGGUAUGUUAAGUGUUUCUGCAGCGGGAGCAACCGUAGCGUAAUGAGAUAGUUGCAGCCAUGCUCCCCACCCCGCUCCAGCUGCCACACCCUUUCUAAGAUUAUGCAAGCUUCGAAGGUUAUACAGUAAGUUUAUAAUUAUACAGUAAUAAUUAAGGAUACAUUGCAGCGAUUAUUGCAGAUCCCUGUGGGUUGCCUUUCAUCUAGAUAUAUACCGUUUUAUGCGCUCAUAACAUGGGCAAACGGUUUGGGAGAGCUCCAAUAUAUUCAUUAGGUUGCGUUUUCCGUGACAUUCCAGUAAAUGCAACACAGUUCUCUUGGAAUGGAAGCGCCUGGUGUUUUCAGGUUCCUUAAAUGCUUGGCUUUGAAGCACACAGUGGCUAAAAAGCUCUCUUUUCAUGUCGGUUUGGCGGCUCUAGGACCCCGGAGAGAGGGAUGCUGCAGGGACGCUGCUGCAGAAAUAGUAGCCGCCGACCACCACGACCUUCCCCCCACGUGCACACUACACCACCUUAAAGAUUGGAAUUAAUUAUAGAAUAAGCUUUUGGGGGACACACUCCACUGCAUCAGACACAUAAAGUCAUGAUCAGUUGCAUCUUCAGGCGUCCCAUCAGGCUAUAGGAGAGGGAAAGAGAUGGGACUGCUGUGCUGAAAAAGCAUCUCUGUUAUGUUCCGUCCUCAAAGGUCACAGCAAGUCAUUCCAUCCAGUUAUAGAAGGAGAGAGAAAUGGGACUUAUCGCCAUCAGUGUUGUUCUGUUAAAGGACCAGCAGCUUUCAUAACUCCUUGAAAUCUUUCCACUGGUCAUGCCAAUAAUUAAAUUGCCAAGAAACUGUGCAAAACGGUAUGUCCACAUUACCAAUAACUGCAGUCAAUGUGUUCCCACCGCAAGUUUUUGAAGCUGCAUUCACAUGUUGUUAACCAUAGUUUCUUCACAAAUGCCGGUGAUUGAUGCAUUUCUCACCUCAAAUCAGCUUUAAUCCAACUAGAAAUUUGGUUGUGGAGAAAGUGGGAAUGUGAACGUAUGAGCCAGCUGUUGUGCGUGCGCAGUUCUAGGGUGUGUGUUUACAGCGGUGGAAAACCAAAGAAGUCAUGUACAUGGAAUACAUCCCGAUCCUUUCUCUGAUGUGAACAGCACAGCACAAAUGCAGCUUGAAAUGGCAGCAGGGGUAAAUGAUCUUAUAAUCAUAGAAUCUUAAGAGUUGGAAGGGACCCCAAGGGUCAUCUAGCCCAACCCCCUGCAAUGCAGGAAUCUCAGCUAAAGAAUCCAUGACAAAUCGCCAUCCAACCUCUCUUUAAAAAUCUCCAAGGAAGGAGACUCCACCACCUCUCAUGAGAGUCUUUACCACUGCUGAACAGCUCUGUAAUAAAGUUUUUUCCGAAUGUUUAGUCACAAUCUCCUUUCUUGCAACUUGAAGCCAUUGGUUCAAGUCCUACCCUCCAGAUCACGAGAAAACAAGCAUGCUCCCUCAUCCAUGUGACAGACCUUAAGCUAUAUGAAGAUGGCUAUCAUAUCCAUGUCCUCUCAGUUUCCUCUUUUCCAGGCUAAACAUACCCAGCGCCUUCAAUCGCUCCUCAUAAAGCUUAGUUUCCAGACCACUGAUCAUCUUGGUUGCCCUCCUCUGCACAUGUUCCAGCUUGUCAACAUCCUUCUUAAAUUGUGGUGCCCAGAAUUGGACACAGUAUUCCAAGUGUGGUCUAACUAAGGCAGAAUAGAACGGUACUAUUACUUCCCUUUAUCUGGACACUACAUGUAGCCUAGAAUAGCAUUAGCUUUUUUUUUACUGCUGCAUCUUGCUCUGUUUGAAGCAACAAAUAUUAAAAUACCCCAAUAUUGCUUUUCCCUCCUCCCCCCUAAUCCCCUUUCCUUUUGUGCUGUGUUUUUUAUUAAUUAUUUACAACAUUUAAAUACCACUCUUUGGUUAAAAGUCUCCCUGAGAGCCUUACAAAAAUCAGUUCUAAGAUGGUCCCUGCCCUCGGGUUCACAUUCUAAAGAGACAUGAGGAGGGAGGGAGAAGCGAAAGGCAAGCUUAAGCACAAAUUCAUUCCUUAUGAAACAGUUAUUAUUGUGGCUAUCUAGAAGAGGAAGAGCUCCUGGUUGUCAUACUGCUCAUGCAUCUCUCCAUAACACGGCCUGAUGCAGUUUAAAGCCACUGUGUAAGAUGGUAGUACAGUGGUACCUCGGGUUAAGAACUUAAUUCAUUCUGGAGGUCUGUUCUUAACCUGAAACUGUUCUUAACCUGAGGUACCACUUUAGCUAAUGGGCCUUCCCACUGCCACCACCGCACGAUUUCUGUUCUCAUCCUGAAGCAAAGUUCUUAACCCGAGGUACUACAGUAUUUCUGGGUUAGCGGAAUCUGUAACCCGAGGUACCACUGUACGUCAAAAUGUUGGUAAUGCAUUUUGCACUUGUCUCCCAUUUGAUGGGCCUCCAGGGCUCCUUGUAUAAAUAAAAGGUGCAGAGAAUCUUUCCUACCUCAUAAUAUUAGAACUCGGCACCAUCCAAUGAAGCUGAAUAGUGGAAGAUUCAGGGCAAAUAAAAAUGUACUUUUUCACACAGUGCAUCGUUCAACAUGUAUCCAACUGACUAAUUAGCAUUUACUCAGGGACUCGCCAAAGUCUUAAAACAUUUGAAAUUGGCAGUGCCCAUUAUUGCAUCUUAGGUAUUCCCCAUUGUGUGAGGUGUUGAAGCAGUACAAAUGAAGGCGGGUGGUGUGUAUGUGAACCUGAUUAGGAGAACUGAUCCUUAAUGGCUGAGCCGAUCAGGUGCAAGGAGCAAGCUUAGCUGUUCUCCACAACAGCUCUGUAACUUUCUCUUACGUGCCAUUCAUUCUUUCGAAAUUAGUGCCGGGAGGAUGCAGCACUUGAGAUCGCUUACAGUGGGCCAAAAACCUGCCCUCCAUCGCAGUUGUUCCUCCAUAAGAAAAAUAAAAUGUCCAACACGGCCUAUCCGCUGCUUGCAACAUCCAGUUAUUACACAGAUGGUGCUAUUCACAGCGGCACAUGACUCCAUUCAACCGGCUCCCUGGGACCACGUGACGGCAGCCAGCCGCACGCGCUGCCUAACGCCUGUGUGGGCGCGGUCAGCUCCUCGCCCCGUGCUCCGUUUUGCCUUGCAAGGGCCUCCUGGAAAGCGCGACUACGACAACUGCCUGCCUCCGUUCACAGUACUACGGAAGAGAGGUAUUUAUUCCCUACUCGGCUGCUUUCUCCCCAGCACCCGUGUCGCUUCCUUUUUAUAUAUAUUUAUAUAUGUAUAUAUAUAUAAUAUAUUUAUAUUAAAGUUUCCACGCCAGCACGCGACGUCGCAUACACUCCGGCGUUUCUGCGGGACAGCCCUACAUCCCGGAGGGCCCCUGCACGCGGGCAGGAAGGAGCGGAGAGCGCAGGAAGCCCCGCCUUCUUUCCUUUCGGCCUCGGACGCCAUCUUACAGGUACACGGCGGAGCUCGGCUGCUCCUCUUCCACUCCUGGGGGCCGCUUGUAGCGGGUCCGUGAGGGGCUUGGGCGCGAAAUGGGCCGGUGGCGGAGAAACGGGAGAGGGGGAGCUGCUCCGGGCGGCGCUUGGAAGUGGGGAGGGCGAGGGAGCGAGAGCCGUUUCGCCGAGGGCGGCCUGGCCUUCGGGAGGGAUGGGAAGAGAGGGGAGGCCGGCUAGGUGGGAGAGGGCGGCGGCGGGACCCGGACCCGGGAGCGGCGCCAGUGGAGUGCGCUGGCCUCGGAGGAAACGGCAGCAACGGGUGCGAUCCAAGCGCACGUGGAGGUUUGCGAUGGAGGCCGCCGCCGCCUGCUUUCUCCUCGUCCAGAAGUGGACUGAGCGCAUGCCUUGCAUGCAGAAGGCCCCAGGCUCCCGUCUCUGGCUUCUCCAGUUAAGGCAGGACCUCGAGUGGCAGGGCUGGGAAGCCUCAAAGGUCUGGAUGUCACUAAGGUGUAUGGAAACGUAUCUUAUCCUUGCAGCGGUUCUCAACCUGUGGGUCCCCAGAUGUUGUUGGACUACAACUCCCAUCAUCCCUGAGCUCUGGCCUUGCUAGCUAGGGGUGAUGGGAGUUGUAGUGCAACAUCUGGGGACUCACAUGUUGAGAAAGGCUGUUUUAUGGAGAUCCCCCCCCCCCCCCAAAAUUCGCCUGCUCUUGAGCGUCUGUGGCUUUUCCAGAGGCUUCAGCAGGGAUAUCUUUUGUACCGCCUCAACUCCUGGUUUUUUUUAAUCCUGGAGGUAGCAGAGACUGAACCUGUGUGCAAAUGAACUUGGAAGUGUUUUGGAGGAUAUUGUGUGUAUCCACACACAAGCAAAAGUGGGUGUGGAUACCUGGGUGUAAAAUGCAUGUAUGUGGAUUUCAAGAUGUUGCACAGGUAAUUCUGACGAGAUAUUCAGGCUCGAAUGAGAUAUGAUGCUAAACAUGUUUAAUGCUAGACAAGGGCUUUUCUGCAGUAUUGUAGUGUGAGGGGUAUAUAAUCCCUCCCGCCUGACAAUCUUGAUAUACGCCCCCUCCCCUCAUUGUUAUUUGCUUUGGGGGAAAGCUACCAUUGUGCAUGUUUUAAUUUUAUUUUCUGUUAAUUUUUGAUCCAAUUGUAUUUUCUCUUUCAGUAA